AUGAACCAGGAGACUGUUGAGUUGCUUCAAGGCGCUCGUAAUGGCGGCGGUGAUGAUGGUUCCAUGAAAUGGGUUGAUGAGCCAAUAAUACCCAAGAAACCAUACCUUGAAGAUAUACAAACAGCGGAUGAUACACUAAAAGAUGAUUUGAUAAAAGCCAUGUUGGAUAUACGUGCUUUGGCUUCCAGUGAUCCUCAAAUGAGUCGGUCUACUGUCAAAAUUUUGCUAGAUUUCGUUGAAUGGACCGUGACUGUGGAAAAGAGAAAUGCAUUGGUGUUUACAGAAGCAAUGGCUGUUAAAUACAUUCUUUAUCUCAUCCAAGAGAAUAUCUUUUACUCGGUGGAUAGAGAGGACAAAAGCUUAAUAGUUGGUUUUGAAACCCUCAAAGAGAUUGCAACCUCAAUUGUGUCAUCAUCAUUAUCAUUGAAGAAGAUUGAUUUCAGAAAUACUACUAUUUUCACUAAACUUCAACUACUCAAUGUUGAUUUACAACUAUUACGGGAUGGUAAAUUUGAAAAUAAAACAAAUGUUCUGGCUAGGGUGAAGAGAAUAUUGUUGACUGAACCAGCUGAUUUUGAUCCUAAUGACACAGCUACUCAACCAGUGAAUCACCUGCCUGUGGAAGGCAUGGAAGAUGAACAUUUUGAUAGCUCACCCCCAAUAGACUCAUCAGUUGAAGGUGAUAGAGACGAGUCGAAUCAUUCAAAAGACUUAUCAAAUGUCAAUGUUCUGACCCAGUCUACUCAAAUCAAUACUAUCAACAAAAGCUUAGAUCAAUCGAGAGUAGAUGUUCAUGCCACCUCAAGUUCGAAUGGUGAUUCCCAACAAUCAAAAGAUAGUCACAAUGGAGAACACUCUCGAAGGGAUUCACUAAACUCCAAAUCUUCUAGAAUAAAGAAGUAUGCUAAAAAGAUUCAAGAUGCUCAGCUCCGAAAUGAAUUGCUACAUUUAGCUGAAGAAUUACAGGCAGAGGAUAACUCCAAAACUUCAUUUGUCGAUGCAUAUAAUCAAACAGAAACUGCGUUCAAAACUAUAUUGCAAAACCUUGAUGCUUUUAAAAGUGUUCAAUCCAAUCUACCAUCCAUACAAACAUUUGUUGAAGCAAUAGGAUUAUCAAAUGAUACGGACAUUUCCAUAAGGUCUACAGAAUCAUCACGAAUUGUCAGCAAUGAAUCACAAGAGCCAGUACAACCCCUAACUCAGCAACACAUAGAUCAAAUAAGGAAAGAUAUUGGCGCGGAAGCUUUAGAAAGAAAAGAAUCUACAAAAGUUAUAUCAAAUUAUUUAGAUAGACGGAUCAAUAAGUUGUCUAUCGAAACGAAAACACUAAGGGAAAACCUCAAGGCAUUUAACAGAUCGGAGGUUGAAGUGUUAAAUAUCAAGGAAUUAUUGAACAAACUCAAAGACUCGUCCGUCUCUAAACUAGACCAUCAGGCAAUUGUUCGAAAUCUUGAAAGCAAAAUAAAUAAUAUUGAAGAUGUUAAGCACCAAAUGGAGGCUGGCUUACUGUCUGUUACCUCAAUUGGAGACCAAACUAGUACCACAGUCAAACGUAUGGAAGCUUUGGAAAGGGAAAACAGAAAGCUUUCUAAUCAAAUGAUAAGUAUCAAUAAUUAUUUCCUAAAAGUUUAUGAUGCCCAAAAGUCAAAUAUAGAAAUGAUUCAAAAUUUUCACAAAAUGUUAGACGCUAUUGAAUCCAGGUCUUCAGCAGGUUCAAUCAAGCUUGAAGGGUUUUCUGCUGAUCUUCAAAAAAUACAAGGCGAUAUUCGCAAGAUGAAUGAUUUCCAAGGCUCCACUUCAAAAACUCUUAAAACACUCGCAAAGCAAAAUUCGAGUGGAGUUUUUGAUUUUGCUGCUUAUAAACAAAUAGCAGAUAAAAACAUUGAAGAUGUUAAACAACAAGUUCAAAUAAUAGAUGAAACUCUUCAAAAAAAAAUAGAUUAUGACAACACAUACAUCAAUGAAAAGUUUGACAAAGUUGGUAUUGAAAUAGAAAAGAUCAUUGCAAAUCAAACAAAAUUGAUGAAAGAGUCGAAACCAGAAAAUUCUUCAAGGUUACAUCAACUGAAUAGUUCACCACCACCAAUGAAUCGAAACCAAUUGAUAAGGCAAGGAGAAACUUCUAAAAAGGACCUCAGCUCUUCUCCUGAAUUACUCAGCGAGAAAGUAUUUCAUCAAACGUCGGUGCCUCGUCCUAGUCUUUCUCAAUCUCAAUCUCAACCUCAACCUCAACCCCAACCCCAACAACGACGUGCACCUGUUCCUUUAUCGUCAAAAGGUCCUCAAAACACAAAGAAAAGAAAUAUGCAAAUUUCACUGUCUAAUUCAAUAAGUUCAAAGAUCACUGGUCUUUUACAAAGGAAUAAAAAGGAUAAGGAACCAAAAACACCACCCAGAAAGAGAAGCAGGUCUCCAAGUACUCGUGAGGGUUCUGAAGGAUUGAAGCAUAUUAAAUUAUUCAGAGCAAUUGAUGAUUGA